AGUGCAAAUUAAAAACAGUGUGCCAAACGUCAUGCUGGUUUGCAAUUUUCGUUGUUUGAUUCAAAGUGUUCAUAAAAAAAAUUGGAUUGUUCGCUAUUGGAUAUAUUUGUGUUAAUUUUUACAAUAUUGUUCUUGCCAAACGAACCAGAUUUGCUGAUGAUUUCACGGCCGGAUUUGUCGAUUGAUUUUGAUAUUCAACACACUCAAAAUGUCACUUCUGAAGGAAUCCAAAUUUGAGCUAAGCGACACCAGUUUUGUGCACAAAAACGAUCAAGUGCAACAAACAUGUCAAAAAUUGUAUUUGGAUUCACGGACAGCGGACGUUCACUUUGUAUUCGACUUGGACAGCGAUCAUCCGGAGAAAGUACCAGCGCACAAAAACAUUCUGUCAAUCAGAAGCCCAGUGUUCGAUACGAUGUUCUACGGUUCACUGCCAGAGAAGGACGAUAUUCCGAUUGUCGAUGCAUCCGCGGCAGCCUUCAAAGUGUUUUUGCAACAUUUUUACAUGGAUCAAGUCCAAUUGACGUCCAAACACAUCGUUGAAGUGAUGAACCUUUGCAAAAAAUACGAAGUCACCGAUGGUUUAGCAGCAUGUGAAGCUUCAAUGGAGAAAUCAUUAUCAUAUGAUGACAUUUGUUGGGGCUAUGCUGUUGCCUUACACCUUGAACUCGAGCAUUUAACCGAAUAUUGUGAAGACAUCAUUGAAAAUCAUUACGAUGAGGUAUUGAAAACCCAAAGUAUUUUGGACUGUGAUAAAAAUCUGUUCACUAAAAUACUAUCCAAAAUGUGCAAGGAAAUCUUCGGUCCUGGAAUAUAUAUUGUGGUUGCAUACAUGGAAUGGGCCAAAGCCGAAUGUUUGCGAAAUAAUUUAGAUGUAAAUUCACAAAAUCUACGAACACAACUAGGUGAUUUAUAUGACCAAAUUCCUUUUGAUAGAUUGGAUUCGGAAGAAUUCCAUUUAUUUGUUGCCACAUACCGUGGAUUUUUUUCCAUUGAAGAACUUGAAUCACUUAUUGAAAAACAAAUUCCGUAUAGAAAAGCAAAUCCUUUCAAUAGAAUGUAUUUACCAAUAUGUGAUCGACAAUUGAAUGAUGAUGAUUCAAAUGGUGAAGUUACAAAAUUUUCCAACAUGACCACAUCGUUUAUUUCAAACAAACCAGUUCUUCUGAAAGAGUUUCAUGUGAAUUUAAAGGAUGUUUCUCGUUUGGCUUCUCAUUAUGCAUAUCAAAUACAUUCUCAAGAUAAAAAAUUAAUAUUUAAGGGUGAUGCAUGGAUUCUUGGACGAAGUGCCAUUUUAAAGUGUAUUUUACGUAAAGCGAUUUAUAUCGAAGCUAACGAAAAAUAUAAAAUUGAAGUAAAAAUCGAAGAUGAAGAUGAUUUUUAUAUAAAAAAGCAACUCAAAGAUGAGGUUCUAUUGGAAAAUGAUGUAAAAGUCACGUUUGAAGGCGAUUUUAUAUCGUGUCUUGUUUUUGAAAAAGAGCAAAAAUGGUCCAUCCCAAAAAUUAUAUUUUGAUUAGGGUAUAUAUGUACAUUUUUACUGAACUCAAAACCAAUCUAAGAAAAAAUCGACUAAAAGUCAAUAAUUUAAAGAUCAUAAUUUUCCCAAGUAUUAAUUCAGAUUACAUCUAUAACUCAGGUUAGAUCGUAAAAACAAUCAUUUGUACGUAAGUUGUAAUGAAUAAAUAGAAACCACAUUCUUAACUUUUUUCCUA